UUUUUGUGAGAAGCGAAACCAAGUAGCUCGCAGAGUCCACUCCUCCCGCGUAGAACUAGAUAUGUGGGCGGUAAUCAUCAUCCCCACCUUCAUCAUCAGCAUCAUCACGCCGGUGUAGGCGUUUGUCAGCAGCGAGUGAGAUAGUUGCGGGGCAUUCGACAAACAUGGGAACCGAUCUCGGGUCUCUCUACCUUGAAUGUGUCCGUUGUUGACGAUGUUGUCGAAAGGUUUUCGUCUCCAGGAUAGGGGUCAGUGAUCAGGGGAGCGCAGAGUGUUUGGGGAAGCGGGUUUUGGAUCUUCCGAAAGAGAUGAAGUGUUUUCGUAUGAUGGAUUGAAUGUAUGCUCAUGUAGAGGAGUUUUGCUCCGGUGGUGGUCGACGUUGCAUGCCGUAUCUGGACACUGAUUGCACUGAAGGUCUUGAGAAGGUGUUCCCAUUGGGUGGGGGAAGGCAUGUGGAUGUUCCGUUCGGACAUUAGGUGGCGAAUUGUCGAUGUGGAGUGAUGCUAAAGAAGACUUGACCUGGGCCCUGAGAACGUUAAAUAAGAAUUUUGUCAAUGUGGCGGGAUAAUUGGGAUCCGCUUUUAGUGCCGCAAGGAUCGGGGUAGCGCAGCCGUUCUAGUUGCUGCUAGACCAUCUAUUAUCUAGAUCUGAUUGUUGUUGUUGUUGUUGUUGUUGUCUGUAUUGUUCCUCGAAUCACUUUCGAAGGUUACUAGCAAUAGGCGUACCUUUAGCAAACUGAAAGGGUCCGUGUAGGGGUUGGUCGGAGCACUCGUCUGGUUUUGGAUGUCGCUCCCGGUCCUCAUCACGAUGUGGGUUUAGCAUCCGCUGUUUGUGGCCUGGGAGAACAUGACCUAUUUCUCCAUCGUGCUGUUUGGCUGCUUCCUAGUCGGGUGUAGACUUAUGUAGCUGUUUGGGUUAGGACGCAGUUCCAGAGCGUCACAAACGUGUUGAGCCCCAAGAAAGGUCAAAUACUCUAAGUACGUGGAUAGAGCGUUGGAAACAUUUCGAAUCAUCGUGUAUGAGCGGGCAUGAGGUUUGCGCGUUGUGGAAUGCCGGGCUUAUCGAGAUGCUCAAUUGAGACGUUCAGAAUUUGAAUGCGUAUGUCUUGGAACUCAGGAUGGGCGCCGCUACGUGUACAGUAGCCUAGCGGGGUUGCUGGAGUUCUUCUUAUUCCAGGUUGAUACAGAGUUGUAACUUUAUAGGCCGUCGUUAUUCGGUAGAGUAAGAUGGGUAGUUGUUGUACGAAGAGUUCGGUGGUAGAGGAGCCGAUACCUGUUCGCAAGCAUCAAUCCUCGGUUCAAGGGAGCUCGAAGCAAGGGUCAAGCACACACAGGCAUCAGCAGCAGCAGCAGCAUCACUACCAACAUCACCCACAUCAGAAUGGGACUACUAAUCAUACCCAACGGAGUCGGGAACAGCCGCCGGUCGUAAUGCACGUCCAGCAUCGAGCAAAGGAUGUUGAUAAACUUCCAGAGCCUAAGGUCCCGGAGCCGAGGAGACCACCUACACAACCUGGAGCUGACCCUAGGAAAAAGCCUCACGUUAAAGUUGGAAGCAACGUCAAAGACAACAAGGGGACAAUCCCAUUAGGGAAGAGAACCAAUUUCGGUUACGAAAGAGAUUUCAAAAGCAAGUAUACGCUCGGCAAGUUGCUUGGCCAUGGCCAAUUCGGCUACACCUACGUCGCCCUUGAGAAAGCUACGGGUGAAAAGGUGGCUGUGAAGACCAUAGAGAAGAAGCAGAUGACUCUUCAAAUUUCGGUAGACGACGUGAAACGUGAGGUCAAGAUUCUUCGCACUCUCUCUGGACACGAGAAUGUCGUCCAAUUCUAUGCCUCGUUUGAAGAUGACGACCUGGUGUACAUUGUCAUGGAAUUAUGCGAAGGAGGCGAGCUCCUCGAUCGAAUCCUUGCCAAGAAGGAUAGUCGAUACAGUGAGAAAGACGCCGCAAAGAUUGUUAGGCAGAUGCUGAAUGUCGCAGCUCGGUGUCAUCUAAACGGGGUGGUUCAUCGUGAUAUGAAGCCUGAGAAUUUCUUGUUCAAGUCACCGAAGGAGGAUUCGCCUCUUAAGGCCACUGAUUUUGGCCUGUCGGAUUAUAUACAGCCAGGAAAACGGUUUCAAGACGUUGUCGGAAGUGCGUAUUACGUGGCUCCCGAAGUUUUGAAGAGAAAAUCAGGUCCGGAAUCAGAUGUGUGGAGUAUUGGCGUCAUUACCUAUAUUCUGCUGUGUGGGAGGCGACCCUUCUGGGACAAAACUGAGCAGGGGAUCUUCAACGAGGUGUUGAAAAAGAAGCCAGACUUUCGGGAGAAGCCAUGGCCAACAAUUAGUCUCAGUGCCAAGGAUUUCGUGAAAAAGCUGCUGGUGAAGGAUGCGGCCGCAAGACUCACUGCAGCACAAGCAUUGUCUCAUCCGUGGGCGAAGGAGGGAGGGGAUGCCUUGGACAUUCCCUUGGACAUCUCGGUGUUGUCCAACAUGCGCGAGUUUGUGAAGUACAGCCGUCUGAAGCAACUUGCCCUUAGGGCUCUGGCUAGUACUCUCGAAGACUCGGAUAUCGCUGAUUUGCGGGACCAAUUUAAUGCAAUUGAUAUCGACAGGAAUGGCACAAUAACCCUCGAGGAGAUGAGAGAGGCUCUUCAAAAAGAUCGGCCCUGGGUUAUCAAGGAGUCUCGGGUUGGAGAGAUCCUGCAAGCGAUGGAUAGUAAUAGAGAUGGAAUCGUUGAUUUCAAUGAAUUUGUUGCUGCGACUUUGCACGUGCAUCAAUUGGAGGAAACCGACUCUGAGAAAUGGCAGAAGCGCUCAAGGGCUGCAUUCAGCAAAUUCGAUUUUGAUGGCGAUGGCUACAUUACCACGGAAGAGCUCAAAAUUGCCACAGGACUGAAGGGAUCAAUGGAUAGUUUUCUGGGUGAAGCUGACAUCGACGGUGACGGCAGAAUUAGCCUGCCUGAGUUUCAAAAGUUGUUACGCCAGGCCAGUCUUGGCUCACGGAACAACAGUGAACAUCAAGCGCCUGUCUCGCACAAUCCUAGGAGACGUGAAGCUCACCAUCACCAUGUUGCUUCUUGACAAGGGUGAGCAGCUACACACUCCUCAGGCGACGAUGGUGAUCUCACAAGUCCACUGCCUAAUUAUCCAUGAUUAGAAAUCUCAAAAGGAUUGCACGACCGCAGAGGCAGCAUUCUGGCUUAGCGUUGUACUUGGCUAGGAUUUUGUGGGUCCUGUUUGUGAAGCAUUGAGCUGCUGGUGCCGUCAUACGGCAUACGAUUCCUUUUGUUCCGUGUACUGUUCCAAGGCAGUGGCAGGAGACGUGUAGUUAAUAUGUUAACGCCAAUUCAGGUUUUUAUAGUAAGGUAUGCCACACACUGGAGCGUAGGCCAUGCCAAAGCUCGUGUUACUGGACGCCUUUGUAUCAUGACUCGCAUCAUUUGGAUGCGGAGAGCUACAUGUAGCCAGGAAUGGUGCAUGUAUUAUGGAUAGGUAGUUUUUUUUU